AUGGCUUCUGCUGCUCAGUCUUCCACUCAGGCUGUGUCAACCGGGGAUGUUGACCCUGCUGCCAAUGUGUUCCAGUUGAUCCAAACUCACCAGGAAAAGGCAGCUAGGCUUCCUCCUGUUGAGGAAAUUAGAACUGUGCUUAAUCAGAGCACGCGCGGCAUGCUUUCAACUUUUUCGCAGAAGCUUGAGGGUUAUCCAUCAGGAUCAUUGGUUGAUUUUGCUUGUGAUGCUGAUGGAUCUCCAAUAUUAGCAGUCAGCAGCUUGGCAGUUCAUACUAAGGACCUAUUAGCCAAUCCUAAAUGCUCAUUGCUUGUUGCUAAAGAUCCUGAAGAUAGGACUGAUUUAGUAAUCACCCUGCAUGGUGAUGCCAUUCCUGUUUCUGAGAAAGAUAUAACUGCUGCUCGAACCACAUUUCUGGCAAAGCAUCCUGAUGCAUUCUGGGUUGACUUUGGCGAUUUCCAAUUUUUGCGCAUUGAACCAAAAGUUGUACGAUAUGUGUCAGGAGUUGCAACUGCUUUGCUUGGAUCUGGCGAAUUCAGCAAAGAAGAGUACCAGAGUGCUAAAGUUGAUCCAAUUGCUCAGUUUGCUAAACCUGUUGCGUCUCAUAUGAACAGAGAUCAUGGUGAAGAUACAAAACUCAUAGUGCAACACUCAACAUCAAUUCCGGUGGACUCUGCUUAUAUGCUGGACGUGGAUAGUCUUGGAUUCAAUGUUAAGGCUGUUUAUCAAGGAAAUACUUACAAACUUAGAAUUCCUUUCCCUAGACGUGCAGAAGAGAGAAAGGAUGUGAAGACUCUGAUAGUAGAAAUGCUUCAAGCUGCAAAGUCUCAAAUUAACUGA